AUGUCCUCAAACGGCCAAUCCUUCCUUCUAGACCCCGAGAAACAAGCCGGGCCCACCCGAUACUCCCACGCACGGGUAGUCCAACCCUCCACCCACCACACCAUCUAUGUCUCGGGAAUUGCCGCCGUCAAGCCAGAUGGAACAUACGAAGGAGUUGUCGAGAACCCUGACGGGACCUUCACAGCCGAUGUGAGAGAACAAACUGCUGCGGUCUUGCGUCGGAUCGAAAGCAUUAUUCAAGGUGCAUCCAACGGCAAAGCGAAUCUCUAUAACAUCGUCGACGCGACUGUUUACAUUUUGGAUAUGAAGACCCAGUAUACUGGGAUGAAUGAGGAGUGGAACAAGAUUUGGGCGGAUCGGGCGAGCGCGCCUAGCCGGGCAACGAUCGGAGUUAAGGAGUUGCCGGAUCCUCGUUUUAUGGUUGAGAUUAAGGCUACAGCUAUCUUUGAAGCAUAA